AUUAAAACUGAUAUUAAUUCUAAAAUGACAAGAUAAAUAUACGUGUAACACAAUUACAUAGUGUUAGUUAGCAUCGUGAUUCAUUUCCAAGAUGAUACACUUUCGAUACGAUAAAAAUAUGUCAAUCGUCAUGUCAAAGAUAAUAUCCAUAUCGAAUAUAAUAAAAUUCUAAUUAUCACAUCGAAGCGAUAUGCGCUCGAUAAGCAAUGAACAAAUUUCUUUUUAUAUAAAAUAAUAAUAAUUCGAUAAAAAAUAAUUAUUCGAAGAAUAAGGUACAUUAUUACGAAUUAUUACGACAGCUCCUUUAUCGGAAACGCAGAUACAAAAAUUAGCCCGAGAUCAAAGCUGUUUUCGAAGGCUCGUGAAAUGGAUAUGCCAAUUGAAAACGAACACAAGGAACACGUAUCCGAUUUUGAACGAUCGUCUUGAACGAAUCGGAAGAAGAGAUUUGGUCGCGUGCCUCGCAGAAUUCAGUAUGAAAACUACGAAUGCCCCAAAGGUGAUUCGUCAAAUCCAACCUAUUGGAUACUACAAGCUGUUCCAAACUUCAGAGUGUCCGCCAAAUUUUGACAUCAAUCUUCACAACAAUCUUCACAACAAUCUUCACAACAAUCCUCAUGACAAUCCUCAUGACAAUCCUCAUGACAAUCCUCAGGACAAUCCUCAUGACAAUCCUCAUGACAAUCUUCAUGACAAUCUUCAUGAUAAUUCUCAUGAUAAUCAAGACUAUGAUGAAUAUCAACAACCGAAUACAACGCCAAACGCUAAAUUGCCGAAACAAAUCGAGAAAAUCAGGCUCACCACUUUCACAUUAUCGGUGCAAACUGCAACGAUCAUUGUUAUUUCAAUUAUAUUAAUUACAUGUUGUUGCACUCUGUUUAUAAAGAAAAAAUUCGGGCAUCUGUUCGAUCGAUUACGAGGAAAGAAGAAAAAAGGUAAAUUUAUUAUGAUCGAAGAAGAGGGAGGAGAUAUAUCUAGAAGUUACUUCCUUCGAAAGCCACGAAGGAAAAGGAAAAGGGCGCCAUCAUACGAAAUGGUGAACACUGCCACACAAAACGCUGCAGUUCCCGCGACGCCCGCGAAAGAGGCGGAAGAGACAACGAAGUCACCAGGUUGCCAAAGAUGUUUCAAGAAGAAACGAAAGAGAGCAGCGAAAAGACCGCAUAGAUAAAGCGUGUAAUUAAAAAAAAUGUGUUGAAUAUAUUAAAUUCAACACAAAAAUUGUAUAAAGCUCUCAAAUGUUCACACCUGUAAUUUUAUUUUAACAUUAAAUGAAUUAUCGGACUACAUUUGUAUAAUGUUAUAAAACGAGGAUAUUACAAAGUCAUGAAAAUAUUUAAUUUGUACAAUUAUUUUUAUAAUACAACUCAAUCUUUUUAGAAAUACUUAACGAAUCAAUGAAUGGUUCUUCUAAAUCUACAUAAACUAACAUAAUUUCAAUAAUCGAUCGAUACUCCGUAGAUCACACGAUUGAUCGAGCUUUUUUUAAAUUGUGAAUCCAUUUUAAAAAUCUUUCGUGAAAUUUGUCGCAUACAUUGAUUGUAUCCUCUAUGAAAUUCGCGAGAGCCAAUUUCUCGCGAAACGAAAAGGUUAUUUCGUUAAUCUCACGAUGAAAGGAUCGUCGAAAAAUGGGCACGAAUGGCCCACACGGUUAAGCUUCAUUGUUAUUCUGUUGCGAUACGAUGUCCUUGCCACGAUCGAUGUUAAUUUAAAUGAAUUGGAAUAUUUAGCCGCUCGUCUUAAUCACUUCGAGUGUCGACGACUGAUAGCCGCACUUCAUUACACCACUUACGAGCUACCAAGAGAUCUGGCAGGUGCUGGUAAAUCGACUAAUGAUUGAAUAAAAUGCAUUAACGAUUAUUUUCUCUUCUAUUUGUUAGAAGAAAUAUAACGUAUUCAUAAAAUCCACCGAAAAUUGAAAUAAAUCCUUUUCAAGUGUGUGAAUAAACACCUACAUUCAUAGAAAUAUCAACAAUCAAAAAUCUUGAUUUCGAUAAAUAUCGUGAUUAGUAAAUAAAUUAUAUCGUGAUUAUUCUAUUAUUGCAACAUUUAUGCACUUCAAUCCACCUAUCUAUUUUCGUUUGUUUUUUCAAGAACGUAACGUGGAUGAAACCAUUCCUUGUAUUCGACAUCUCGUGCAUUGGAACAGUGCUCCAGCCGAGGGCAAAGGCACCACUCAUGAAAUUUUAACUCACAGACUUCGACAAUUAGGUCGAGAUGAUCUGGCAGAUUGGUUAGGAAAAUCCACUUUUAAACAAUUAGGAAAAGAUCUUCAGAGGGCGAUGAUAACGACGUUCGAAGAACUCGGAAAACAGGAAACGGAAUUACCGUAAGCGCAAUGGAAUCGAAAUGAAAUCCAAA